CAGUAAGUAGGAUGUUUACAAAGAGCCAUCCUCAGGCGGUGCACAGCAGCAUCCUGCCAGUCAGUAACCUGCGUGGAGCGGUCGCUCCUCCCCCCGUGGCGCACGGCCGGGUGGACUGGCCCUUUAAGAGGAAUAAAGACGACAGCUGAGCUCCGCACGAGCCAAGCGCGGCAUCGAGGCUCUUUACAUUUCAUCGGUAAUAAACACCGGGGCUGCACGGAUCGUUCUGUACCUCUGUAUUAAAUUUCUUUUUAACAUCAGGAUUCAUAUGAAGUGGACUUUUAAAUCCUAGGAGGAGAAAUGCGAGCCGGCGCCCUGCCGGCGUUGCUCUCUGGUGCGUAAUUUAUUCGGACUUCCUGCACACCAGCCAGGCUGCACCUCAGGGAGCUUCUCCUAAUAGAACUAAGUAAAUAACAAUGGAAGACAAGCGCAAGAAGCGAAGCCCAAAAGUGUCCCUCCCCCAACCGCCUCCACCGCCCAUCAACCCCCGCAAGCUCUCCGUCCUGCCUGCCAGCAAAAGUGCCACUUUCUCCCUCGGCCUGCCGCAGCCUCCCUCCCCCAAGAACAGAGGCAAGUAUAAAAGGUCCAUAGGAGCGCCGGGACAGCCCAAAGAGGUGUUCGCAGCGGUCGUUGCUCCACCAAAGAUCACCAGACCCCACAGGGAGAAGCCCAGGGCCCCCCAGCCAGCAGGGCCCAGUAAAGUAGUCCAGUCGUCCCCCCUGCAGCACUCCUUCCUCACAGACGUCUCAGAUGUGAGAGAGAUGGAGGGAGGCCUCCUCAACCUCCUCAACGACUUCCACUCAGGCAAACUGCAAGCUUUUGGUAAAGUAUGCUCCUUUGAGCAGCUCGAACACGUCCGGGAGAUGCAGGAGAAGCUGGCACGACUGCACUUCAGCCUUGACAGCCACGUGGAGGAGCUUUCCGAGGACCAGAGGAAAUGUGCUUCCGACCACAACCUGGAACACCUGCUCUGCAACCUGGAGGAGCUCAGCACCUCAAUACAAAAGCUCCACUUGGCUGAGAAUCAGGACCUGCCCAAGACAUCUGGUCCCUGACAGAGUGAGGUGUACGGGAUGGCAACCACACACUCGUCUAACGUGGAAUCGAUCCAGCUGCCUUAGUAACAGGAUGGAAAGAUCAACGGGAGGGGCUCGUUUUUUCCAUUUGGUCAGUGAAGCUGAGGGAACAAAGCAAGGACUCGAGAGCAGCAGAGCAUUAACUGAACACUCGGUCAAAAUCAUGAACCCCUCUCAUUCAUAACACAAAAAAAGAAACUGGAUGGUUAACUGAUCAGGAAUCUGUGAGAAUAUGCUGUAUGUGAACUUUCCCUUGGCUUUAGUUUUUAGUUACAUAACUCUAAGAAAGAAGUCAAUCCAGGUGAGUGAACUCAUCGGCUCUGUUGUUUGUUUUCAUGCCAAAAAGCACAUUUAAUGAGACUUUGAAAUAUUUAUACUGUUUCUUUUUGUUGUAUGUGUAUGCCUAAUCUGUGAUAUAUUCCAUCUAACUGUAUGCAUCCGUAAGCAAAGGUAAGGAAUUUGCACAUUCAAGUAGCAAACGCAUUCGGCCCUUUUGACAGCACCACUGUGGCUAGCUCGGAAGUUUAAAGGGAGUUUUGCUCUUAUUCUGAAAGCACUCCCUCAUUUUUAUAUCUUUGCUAAAGGUUUGCUAUUGGAAAACACUGGACAUGGAAAACAAAAUAUUUAUUUUCUGUGUAUAUAUCAGUUUUGAAUUAUGUGCAGUUUAGCUGCUGUAUUGGACAGGAUUGCCUUUAGGCUUUUUUCUUUAAAAAAAAUAAUAAAAAAAAUAGCAGUAGCAGCAUCCCUCCAAGCACAAGCUAGUUCACCCUGCUGCUGAAAUGCUAGAAAAUCACGUACCAUUGCAUGAAGGUCAAACAGUAGUUUGUUCAGUCUUACAAGGACCGCACAUGCGUAGUGUUUUGCAGCUAGCAUAAACUUCUAAACAGUGCUAUUUCAAAAUGGCAGCUACUUUGAUAUAAAGGUUCGGUGAUUAUGAUUUGUGUUUUAUUAAAUUACAAACCCUAGAGUGUACUUUGGAUGCCAUGUUUAAUCAUGACCAUACAAUUACAGAGAUAUUAGUGUUCACUGUUAAACAUCAGAGCAGUUUUGAAGCAACCCCCACCUUUUUUUUUUUUUUUUUUUAAAUUGUGUGCUAAGCCUACCUCUUUUCAAAGCCUUUGAUCGGUCCUCUUUCAAGGAUUCUUCACAGUCAGACAUUUUUGUUUUUUUACAUAUGAAGCGUAGUCCUCAUCAGAAGGCUAGUUAUGGUUAGCUUUUACUCAGCAUGUUAUGAAUGAAGCAUAAGAAAUUAAAAAAAGAACACCUGAAGCUUGUGUUUCCAGUAACUCCACCUAUUAAUAAAGCUAUAUUAGAUUACCUAAGCUGAAAAAUGUGUGUUUCAAUUUUAAAAAUGAUGUAUUGUUGUGAUUAGCAAGUUAAUCCCUCCGCCCCAUUUCCAGUCUUUGAAUGAGGCACUCCGAAGUUGGUUUUACAGAAAUAAAACAGUUUAUUCAUAUAUCUUCUUGCUCUUGUUCACAAACCAGUUCAGUUAUAAUUUAACAAUAGAUGAGUUAAAAGGCUACUUGAAGACUGGCACUAUACUGAGACAAUAUCAGACCUGGGCUGUGACUGUUUCUCAGGCAAAUGAAGAAGUAAAACUUUUCCCUUCUCAGAGUUCGAGACCAACCUUCCUCUAUGAGUCCACGUACACAUAAAUCAACAGUUUUGAUCUGCCAGUAAAUUUUGGUCAUGCAAAAAGAGACAUAGUACCAACUCAGCACAUUAUAUAUGACUUUUAAACCAUUACACAAGAGAUAAAUUAUAACUGUACCAUCAUACAGCAAACAUAUAGAAUAAGCUAAUACUGUGCAAAUACACAUUUGAGCUGUACAAAAUUAUUUUUUGUACUAUGCUUGUUAAUCUCAGUUCAAAAAUCUCCAACUACAUAAAGAUAUUUUAAAAAUAUCACAUCACAUCUGAUGAAA